CCCCUGCUGGAAUCCAUUCCCAGUCUGUAGUUCAAGUAUUUUAUUAAGUGAAAGUUUCGUGGUUUUGUUGACUUUAAGAUAACUCGAGCUCGACGCGGCGUUACUAGACAACUGCAAAUUGCCAUCAUCCUCUCCCAGCAGACCAAGGUGACCAAGGUGACCCACGAUGAACCGUCACGAGCACAUCGUUUGCCAGGGAUGCAGCAAGGUGUCCUUCACGGGCAGGUGCUAUCGCUGCAUGACCUGCCGAGACUUUGAUAUCUGUGCUGAUUGCUAUAGUAACGACUUCACCACCGGUGAGCAUCUCUUUGACCAUCCAGUGAUGUGCGUCUACACGCCAGCAGAUGUGGAACUUUACUUUGGUGGCGAGUAUAUCAGCAGCGAUCCGCCACAGAGCUAUCGUUGCCCAUACUGCAAGAGUUGGGGCUUCAACGAGUCCACCUUCUUGGAGCACGUUUCAGCAUUGCAUCCAAAUGCUAGUACGCUACUUGUAUCCACGAUGGUCACCCUUUUUGAGCAGCAGCAGGCGGCUCGCCUUUUUCUGGAGGAUGAGCAGUUGGCCUGCCUUUCGGCGGCUGCCAAUUCACGGAACGAGCAGAUGCGACGCACGGUGGGCUCCCUAGAUCUCUUUAUGGUGCCACUCAAUCCGGAUGGCAGCUAUCAACGGGCGGCAGACAAGAAGGACGAGGUUACUUCGACACCGAAGGGCCGUGAAAAUCGAGAUAUGAUGGUCAGGGAUCGGCCCUUCCGCGUGACACGACGCAGUGGUGGCAGAGGGGGCCGAACAGUCGCAUCAAACAGGAUCGUGGCGGCACCGAGACCCCUGCUAGCACCAGGCUCAGAAAACAACUCCACAAAUGACACUUCCAUGGAUAUCGAUGACGAUGGAUCUGUCGCCAACCCUCGCAUAAAUUUGAUGCAACGAAGCGUGGCGGUGGCCGAAAGAAUACAUAUUGCGAUUACGGAGCUCGGGAUCCACUCGAACCCCGACAUACAGUCAAUAUUGGGUUACAGCACCAAUCCGUUAGUCACUUCCCCGCAGCAGGUUUCUGCAGCCAAUUCAAACAACGCCACCGUCAACGAACCAAGCGAACUCAGCCCAUUGCUGAACGAGAUGAUACGCUUAUAUAGCGGCGAUCCGAUGGAUGAGCAGACUUUUGGACCUCACUCCGGACGAAUGAUCCGCUCCAGGCCAACAAAUCCAGCUCCACAAGCGGCAAGCAAUAAUGGCAAUAAUCGAAGCGUUUAUGGACCCACUUCGUCUUUUAACCAGGCACCGCAAAACUCCCGAUCCUUGUACAUGGGACAGGACCUAGUACAGCGCGAUGAUCGGCGACGAAAUGUCAGGACCCCAAAUUUUCAGGGCCCUGCCGGAGCCCUUCAGCGCCUGGGACCCAAUGCCCGGGCAUUGACCGCUCGGUCCGUGGACUUUAGUGAUCUGCCACCGGAGGAAAGUGAUCUGGGCCUACACAUCAAUGAUUCCUCAGUGGAAAACCUGCUGCGUUCCCUCAAUGAAGAGCCAGCCAAGGUGGUCAAGCAGAGGGAACAGGAUCACAAGCGUUUCCUAUGUCAGCGCUUCUUGGCACCGAAAAGCUGCAAGCGUCCGCAGGACAACUUCCUUUUUUUACGUGCUGAGUUUGUGUCCCAGCUGCUGUCCUCGAUCUUGAGUGAGGAAAAUUUCAAGGAGUUCCGCUUUGCAGCUAUGGAAAACAUUAGUCCAAAACUGAAGACUCUUUCGGGCAGCGAUAUCGCCGGCGCUGGAGAUUCUGAGAAGACCCCAUCACCUCAUCCGUGAUUUGUCAGUAACAGUUGUGUAGCUGUCAAGAGCAGUAGAUUUUUUUAAACACCUUACCUUUGUAACGGUUAAAUUUCCUGUUUAUGUCGAGAGAACUUUUUGGUAACUUUGGCUUACAAAGCCUGUAAAUUUUCGUAAUUAAUUAAUUUUGGCGAUGGACCCAAUGUGUGAUCAAUUUGUGUUCUUUACGGUCGUUUGUGUUAAUGAAUGUUUAAAAAAUGUUAUUUGAACUUUUAAUGAGAUGCUAAUUACAGAUUAAGCUAAUAUAAAGAUAAA